AUGAGCCACCCAGGCGCCCAUUUGGAAGCCGAGGACUGGCCUCUUCCGCUGUCCGUAUCUCGACCAGAAAGCAUAGUCUCUUCCUCCACAAGCUCUUCCGGUCCCAGCUAUGCCACAUCGCCUAUUUUCCCACCUCCGCUGAGUCGUACGGCUUCUUCAAUUGGAUCCCGGUCGAGGCAGGCUUCAUGCUUCUCCUUAUACGAAGACACCUGCCGCUUACCGCUGAACCAUUCUGUGACCAUCUCCUUCGUUCGGAGCAGUAAACUCUUCAAGCUACGCUUCACUUGCAUCGACAUACGCAAGGAUGCCACGGGGAGUUUGAAGAGUCUUGAGUUGGGCGGGGGACCGGGUCAGCAGACUCCUUUGAUACAUACUUUCAACGAUACCAAGCUUCCGGUUCCCCAUCUUGAGCAUCCAAAGCUCCCGAACGAGUCGUCGCUGCGCGUUUCCUUCAUGGACGAGCAAACCGUUCAAUCGGCCCACAACGUGUUCCUCACACAAAUCUCUUAUACUUUUGAUGACUGGCAUGAUUGUGUGCAGUUCCAAGAAUUAGUCCUGGGUUCAAAAUUGGUCUUCAUAGCAGGCAUCGCCGAGGCGAAGUCCAAAGGCCGAGGGGAAGAGUGCAUCAGCCAGAACCUACGCAUUCUACGUAAUCAUAACGGCAAACAAGUCAUGCUUUUCUUUGCCAACUCACAACGGAAGGAGUUGAAGCGCUAUGUGUCCAUUCCGAUCAACUGCAUCGACAGCUUCAAUCCGGGCAAGAAGGCAGGAAAGCCGGUGGUUCUCCAGUUGCAGCCCAACUUUGACAUUCUCUCCCAGAUGAGGACAUUAUCUAUCCAAUUUCUUGAUGAUUUGGACCGGAAAGCAUUUUGCCAAUUUCUUACGGAAAGCACCACAUAA